UAACGACGGCUGAAGGGUAACCUUCCGACGGGCUGAAAGGCUGGGAAGAAGCGUGUUGUGGUGGGGAAAGUCUGUUGAUGAUCUUGGUGUUACAUUUUAGCUCGUUUUCUACAAGUGCGUGCUUGGACACAAAAGAGAAAUGCGCUUAACAAGCGCCUUAUUAGGAAUUUUCAGAAGAAGAAGCUUUGGUGGACCCCGUUUUCAUUUUGUGAAACAUAUUCCCGGCAAAAUCGACAUCGGGAAAGUUCGUGUCGUCCCGCCUGUGACUGGGGGCACCAAACUGAAGAUAAUGCAUCGCCUGCUUCUUGAAGAGCAGAACAUGAUGUACCUGGAGAGACCUUAUCUGACACCGGAAGAGGAGAAACAUCUUCCACCAUCAGGGAUACGUGCAAAUGGCCGUCACUAUAGGCUGAUUAAUAAGAAGGAAGCCGCACCCCUCAAGACUCUCUUCGCUGCAGACCUACUUGCUCAUUUGAAUACUGCCCGACAGUGGGAAGAAUGACAAAAUAAAGUUUAUCUAUAGUUUA